GGAAGUUGCUUAAUUUCGGAAAUACACCACGAUACUUGACAACCAGCUAAACUAAUAGUUUUGACUGUCAUUUUCUCCUAAAAUGUCCAUGCGUUGAGAUUAUUAUUACGCAUUAUUAGUUCGCACUCACGGCUGGAGUGGUUUAAGAUGAAUAAACCGGUUACUCCCAGCACGUAUGUUCGUAAUCUUAGUUUCUUUUUACGUCGUCAGUUAUCUUGCUUUUUGGACCCUCAAGAGAGAUGGAAAGAUGUGAUCGAGUGCAUACGCAAGCCGAGUGGAGAGCUCAAGUACUGUCAACAUCACGUCAGGCAGUUUGAACUUUUAAUUCAGCAAGGAAAAAGCCCCACCAUAGAGUUACUGAACGACUGGGGAACCACCAACUGCACUGUGAGAGAGCUGGUGGACAUUCUGAAGAGCCAACAGUUACUGGCUGCUGCUAGUCUUUUGUUACCAGAAGAGGUUUCGCUUGACCCAGUCCUUCCUGUAGCGUUAGACCCCGACGUCACUGUUGUGAUCGGUGAAGAGAGAAGAGUCAGAGGGGAUGAUGCUACAGUUCUGAAAAAACACUGUGAACAGGAGAGCGGGGAAGCCAAUCACACAGGUCUGUGCAGGUUCCUGUUCUCAGACCUGAGGAGGAUCACUGGGAACUUUGAUGAUCGGCCGGUGUCAGAGGGAGGGAGCAGACUGGGACAGGGAGGAUUUGGAACUGUUUAUAAAGGAUUUCUUAACAACAGAGCUGUGGCUGUGAAAAAACUCAACCCUAUGGAAAACAUCACGAUGGAGGAGCUGCAGGUUCAGUUCAAUCAAGAGAUACUGACUCUGCAAACGUUAAAACAUGAAAACCUCAUAGACAUGGUUGGAUGUUCCAGCGAUGGGCCUAACCCGUGUUUGGUCUACGCCUUCAUGUCCAAUGGAUCUUUACUGGACAGACUGGCCCGCUUGGGGGGCUGUCCUCCUCUGUCCUGGUCUCAGAGAUGCUCCAUCGCUUUGGGAACAGCCCAGGGUCUCGAAUACCUCCACGCCAAUCACCACGUCCACAGAGAUAUUAAGAGUGCAAACAUCUUGUUGGAUGAGGGUUUGGUGGCAAAGAUCUCAGACUUUGGUUUGACGCGGGCCUCCUCCAAACACACGUCGUCCACGGUGAUGACCGGCAGAGUGGUCGGCACUACAGCUUACAUGGCCCCUGAGGCUCUGAGGGGACAGAUCACACCCAAAUCAGACAUCUUCAGCUUCGGAGUGGUUUUGUUGGAAAUCCUGUCUGGACUCCCUCCGGCCGAUGAAGACAGAGAACCUUCGCUCCUGAUGGAGAUGAGGUACGACAUUGAUGACGAGGAUGAAGAGCUGACUCUGCAGAUGUUCCUGGACACACACAUGACUGACUGGGACAUGGGGCAGGCAGAGUCCAUCUACUCUCUGGCCUCAAACUGCCUCUAUGACCAAAAGAACAGACGGCCACUCGUAACACAGGUGGUGGCUGAACUGAAAAGUGUCAUCAAAAACAUUUCAGUGGAGUCCAAGUGAGAGCCCUGAGCUGCUCACAUUAUUUCUGACAUGUGAUGUUGCUUUAAAGGACAAGGACAAGUUACCAGAGUAUUUUAAAGUUCAGUUUGCUUGAAUGAGAAUGUGACAUUUGUCUGUAAAUAAAUGUGCAGUGUCUUCAUGUGAGCUAUCUGUGUGAAGUGUAAAAACCUGAAAUGCAUUUUUUAUAUCACUAUUAUUAAACUGUGUUUAUUA